AUGUUACGGCAUACAGUGAAAUUGUGCGGGGCAUUGCAGCAUCUUUUAGAUCAUAGUACACGAUUUAUCAACAACCUAAUAUUUCUUGCUGGCGACCAUGCUUCAGCGGAAACGACACCAACCGACCGACACACUGCGAGUAGGGGUUCAUCGGUGCAAACUCAAGGUGCGGCAGAGAAUUGGCACCAAACCCAAUACGUGCAUGCGGCCGAGGUGAUACGGAAUGCAGCCGCAAGGGACUACCUUCUUGACAGCGAGUCUGAUACUGCAGAGUUGCACGCCUCGCUUGUUACGGCCUUGAUGCGAGGGACAAGAUGGGGCAGUACUAUCUCACAAGAUACUGACAUGCUGUUAAUAAACGAGCUCGAGAGGGACGUUGCAGACCGUGUUGCCAGGAUGUUUUUGCUUCCAUCGCGGUUUAUGUGGCGUUCGUGCCAUCAAGCUGUACCCAACGGCGGGAGAGGCAAUCAGUGCAAAUGCAAUGUGCUAGUUGUGCCGAAACGUUCUUCCGAUUUGUCAAAUGUUCGUCAUCAUGUUUCGUCGGGAGAUGCGGAUUCUGGAGGUGGCGGUGGCAUUAUGCACAGCAGUUCGCUUGAAAGUCUCAUUGUGCUCAUGAAAACCGCCAAGGCCCAAGCCCGCGCACGUUACUUGAGCUCACGGUUUAGCUGUCCCGAUGAUGAGAGUCGUAUGUCGCAACGACUGGUGCUGUACUGCAGUGACCAGUCUGACAAGCUGCUUCUUCAAGCCGCACGGUGCACUGGCGUCCAACACGUGCGGACACUUCAAACAGUUUAUUCACCAAAAGUGCACAACUACCCGAUGCAAGUUGAUAUGCUGAAGGCGGCGUUGGCGGAGGAUGUUUCUCAUGGGUUUUACCCGUUGCUGGUCUGUGGCGUAUUCGGUUCGCACGUGGCUGCGUCGGUUGAUCCACUUCAAGAGAUGGCUGAGUUGUGUCAGAAGCUUAAGUUGUGGUUUCACAUUGACGCCAGUCACUCCGGUCUCGCACUUGCGGCAGGCGCCGCUAGUGUAACCAUGCCACAAGACACAACCGUAGCCUCAAGCAUGGAAAAGAAAGCCGAAGUCGUAAUGACAAAAGAUACCGUGUGGGAAGAAUACAUGCAUUCAUUUAAUCAAGCCGCCACCCUCGCUGACUCCGUUCACUUUGGUGUAUCCUCGUCAUUUUUGCCGACUGCAGCUAGUGCCUCAUCCACCGCUCUUCUUUAUGUCUCAAAUGUGGCUAAGGUCGAUGCUGCCUUGCGUCAUUUGAACAGAUCAGCCGAAUCAUCCGUAAAUGCAUGGUGUGCUUCCUCUCGCGCACAGCAAAUGUCUCAGAUGCUCCAGUUGCGACUGGAACCACAGCACGUGCACGCCAAUGAAAUCAUCCGUCUGUCGCUGAUCCUCCACCAAAUGGACGACGCUUACGUUUCUAAGCGGGUGAGAGACCACCAGGCUGCCAUGUACCACCUUCAGCAACGGAUACGCGCUGAUGGACGCUUCGACUGCUCCGUUCAUGCUUCGUGUUUUGGAAUGGUGUUGUUCCGUUGGCUCUUGCUUGCAGACGAGGAGACAGAGGCGCUUAUGUGGCGCUGGGAUGAACUGUUGAAAGCGCAGCGGGUGUCAAGCAACUUUGGAGAGGGAAUUCGUCCAUUUUUGGGGCUCGUGCGAAUACAACGCCGGUUACAUAUUUGUGUAGGUUUUGUGGGUGCUGUUGGUGGGGGUAAAAGCUGUUGCGCACCGUCUCUGAGUCAACGUGACGUGAACACGCUUGUUGAUUCGCUGACGGAGGCGGCCAGCUUUGGGAGAAAUAAGGGCCGUGUCGUUUAG